AUGAACCUCACUGCCUUUUUCACGACCGUCUGUGUCCUCCUCAUGGGCUCCUCAGUCGUAGCUUAUGGUUGCAACCCCGGCGGCUGCAACAAUGAUUGCUAUCAACAAGCAUCAAUGGAGGCUGCGAGUGCCAUUACUAAAGCAUCCAUCGAUGGAAUUAACCAGCACCACGGUCAAGACUUCAAGAAGGGCCUGGGCGAACUUCCUAUGGWAUCGGUGUACUUGGGAACAUACUCUCGUUGA